CUUUGGCCUUGGUGAUCGCAUCCCCGCUGCUCGUCUUCACAAGUUCUCCUGAACCCCAAACCAAGGUAGAUAUUUCACACACACACGCUCGCACGCACACAUGCACGCACGCACACACACACACAACAUUGUGAGUUCUCCAUUUAAAAAUAUUAAAACCACCUGAAAUCAAAUCUAACCCAGAAAAGCAGCUCAGAGACACUCAGCAGUGUCAGCCUGUGAUUAUAUACUUCAGGGACAGGCUGCCAUGAGAAACACCUUUUCUUCACCUCUCAGAGAUAUGAUUUAAUGUUAAAGUUAAGUGAAAAUUUGUAACUCCCCGUCUCUGUCUCAGCUGCUCUAACUUACUUCACUGUCACGAUCAGUAUCAGUGGUUGUCCACCAGUUGUCUCUACUGUAAGUCUGCAGCAUCUGCAGACUCAUUUCUGACUUUAUCUCUUAGGAUUUCUGAAAUGACUCGGUUAUAUUGAUGCAGUGAAAGGAAGCACAGUAAAUUCAGUCUUAUUUUACUUGAGAAAGUUGUGUCCAUCUGUUCCCCAGCAUCAACACGUGGUUGUCCUGCUGUGAUUGCUUGACAGCUGCAAACUGAAUGGAGCAUUCAUGGACCAAAAUACAAGUUCACAUUCACUCACAGAGAAAUCAGAGUCAAUCCUCAAAGUUAGAGCUCAGAUGUAAAAAGGAACCAGGUGUCUGUUCUUUUUAAUCACUGUUUGAAAACAGGAUCAUAAAUCAUCAUUUUACUGCAAACGUGUGUGUGGAAAAGUGAAAUCUCCAAGAAGGACUCAGACUUCUGCAGAAGGAUUUUUAGAUUAGAUCCGUCUACUUCAACCUAAGACUCUGAUUUAAAACUUCAACAGAACUUAGAUCCAUCUACUUCAAUUGCCACAACCACAAACCACAAAAAUACAGAGACGUGAUUAAUAAUUAAAAUAACAAAAAGGAGUGGUUAAAGCAAAUAUUUACUCUCCUAAACUUGGAGUGGUUUGUUUGGUUGUCUUUGGUUUGAUUAGAGUUGAAACACAAACAGGUUUAGAUACAAUUGUCCCUGAGUACCAUGUGCUUCAAACAGCUGCUCUCUGCUGACACUCCACCUCCCAGUAAGCCCUCUUCUGAUUGGCUGAAAGAUGGCCUCGCACAGUGCUGACUGAGUUAGAGUGACAAUUGGUGAUUUAUUUAUAUGUGACCAACAUCUAUAGUAUGUACUUUAUAUAUCUAACAUAAUUUAUUACGUUCAUUUGAAACAAUUGUUUUUGUGAUUUGCACUGUCCUGAGCAAAUCAACGAAAUACCAUGAAUUAUUUCACACAGGACGCUAUCCUCCUUAUUUAGAGGUCAAGGUCAGCUGUUGAGUUCAGGGACAUGUAGGAACUCUCUAAACUGUCUGCAAUUUCACAUCUUAUUGCCAGAGUUUGAUGUUGACUUAAGUUAUCGUCACGUUUUUCUUAUUUGUAAUUGUAAAAAUGUGUGAUUUAGUGUAAUCUAUACUUGUCAAACUGAAUUUUCUAAUAACUUUAUAUUAAAAGUUUGGUUUACCAAAUGGACACCAAAGAAAAUUAUGAAAAAGUCAUAAAACCCUCAGAGUGAAAGUGUGAAAGCAAGGUCACUACAAGGUCACUUCAAGGUCACCUGAUUUAAAGAUUAUAGUGUGAUAGUUAUUAACUCAAAGUAGCAGACAGGGAUGACAUAUUGUCCGAAAAAGGGGUGGAUGCUUUUAGUGUUUACGUGUUGAAGCAGAUCAUUAAUACACAUGCGUUAAUUAGACAGAGGAGCAAUUGUUAACACUGACUCGGAGAGUCAAUAGUCGUGGCUCAGUUGUACCUGGUCAGGUAUCCUGCUGUCUUUACUGAUAACUGUCUGACUAGCUGCAUAUCUAAAAUCCUCUGAGUUUCCAUUGUGCCGAUCAAAAAAAAUCAGGUGAGGGUAGAUUUUGGCCUAAAGAUGGCGCUACAGUGUUAGAAUUUACAUCCAUUAUCCUUUGAGAGCAGUGAUUAUUAAAAGUUAAUUGAGCAGAAAUCUGAUCAGUGCUGUCAAAGCUGUUAAGCUGACAUUACUGGACAAAAAGUGUCCGUCUGUCCACUGUCACAGGGCCUCACGGGCCUAGAGGGAGUCAUACAGUGUUUAUUUUUGAUUAGUCAGCAGAAUAGAACCUGAAUCUUUGACCCUGAACCCUAAUUAGACUCUCAGAAACAUCACUCUGAAGCUGUCAGGGUUUUUUCCACUCUCUCAGCCUGAAUUCCUGCCAGAGCCACCUGCUUUCAGCUGGUAUCAGCUUCACAUGAACAGAAACCAACAGGCAGUAAAAUUAGAAAGCCGAAGCUUUGUCUGAGCCAGUGUCAUCUUUCACUGAGUGCUGUCUGCGAGCUGACAGAGAAGAAAACGCUGCCAGAGACACUCAGAGGACUGAUCUGAUUUCACAUCCAGCAGACUGAAGCUCUGUAAUGAGGAGUAAUGAAGCUCAGACACUAAACAGGUGAUCAGCAGGUGAUACUGACUGCUGUCAUCCACAAUCACUGAGUAACACAUAACAAACAAACCUGUGAUCCCUACAGGCUAUAAGACACAUGAGCAGGACCUCUGUGAGACACAAAACAAUCACAUGGAACUCCUGAAAAGUGCAAAUGCUGCUGAUAUAACCAGGGAUCCUUGGACAUCCUUGACUGAUCAGAGUGAUCUCAGAAAUCCAGUCAGUGGAGUCGCCCCCUGCUGGACAUUAGAUAUAAUACAGGUCUGAAGUCUUAAUGCCUGUUUGAAACUGAGUGAAAGUCCGUCCCUUCUUUCUGGCAUUUUCUCACAGAUUGUUAAAUAGAUGUAACUAUUAUUGAUGAUUUUUCAGACCAUCACGUGGCUUUAAACACUAAUUAACUAAGGUAGUAAAUUGAGACCUCUUUGAUCCUCAGUGAUAUCUGCAUGUUUUGUUCUUGCUGUAAAUGGACCAUGAGGUUUUUAAAUUUGUUCUUUACACACUUUUUACCUUUUGUCAUUAUAUCCUUAUUUUAAAUUGGACCUUUUCUUCUUCUUCUUUUGUGGUGUUUUGUAUCCACAGCCUUCUCUCAGCCGACAUGGAGCGUACCUUCAUUGCUGUGAAGCCCGAUGGCGUCCAGAGAGGUCUGUGUGGUGAGAUCAUCAAGCGUUUUGAGACCAGAGGCUUCAGGCUGGUUGCCGCCAAAUUCAUGCAGGUAACCAUGAAGACAGGUGGACCAGGGUUUCAAUACAGUUAUUUUAUACAUAUAUGUGUGUACAGUAUAUUUUUUUGACUGACACAUCUCAGUAAAGAAAAAAAAUCAGUGUGACUCAGAAAAUCCUCUCUCACUCCUCCAAUAAGAGUCAGGGGGGUUGAGGAGGUGUUUGGUGAGGAGGUGUUUGGCGAGGAGGUGUCAGCUGCUGAGUUGUUGAUCGUCCCUGAAGGACUCAUACUUCUCUCACUGUCACACACUCAUCACAGUCAUACCACGCCGUGGGUUUAGCUUUGUUGAUCCCUACACUGCGAGUGUGUUUUAAUAAACUCCACACUGUCUGAGUAUUUAAAAGUAACUUUCUACAAAUGUGGAUGAACUCAGAAAUUGACAUUAGAAACAACAUGAACUGGACCAAACAGAAAUAUGUUGGGGCAGAGAUAAACAGCAGAGCAUCAUCAGCAUAGAGGUUUAUAUUUCUUCCUCUGCAUUAAAAAAGCUUGUGUAUUCAUGUGAAAUCAGAAUAUGAUGUUGACUUUUACUAACUGAGCUGCUGUUUUGAUCUUUACCAAACACAAAUAAACAUCAGAGUCAUCAGCAAAUAAAAUUACGAUGGAAAUUUGAUCAAUUCUACUCAGAUUUGGACUCAGCAAGAGUAAGGUGUGUAAUAAACACUGUAUUACUUUGUUACUUACAGUUUAUAAGUAAGGUAGUGAACGGGAGUUUUCAUCAGAUAUUUCAUAGUUAUAUAUAAAACAAACAAACAAAGUUAAGUUACUGUUCUUGUCUCAUUAUCAAAAUAAACCCAAAAGUUAAUUUGUGUUUGUUUGUCAGGCAUCUGAGGACCACAUGAAGAAGCACUACCAGGACCUGAAGGACAUGCCUUUCUACGCUGGACUCUGCAAAUACAUGUCCUCUGGACCCGUCCUCGCCAUGGUAACGCUAACACACACGCACAGAAAAAUCUGUUGUACAGCUCACUAACACAUGGACACCCUGAACAUCUCUGACACUCUAACAGAUUUCUUUCUUUUUUUAUCGCUCUACAUUUAAUCAACAUAAACACCCCCCCCUCUGUUUUUUUCUCUCUCUCUUUCUUUCUCUCACCCAGCUGUCCAUGUUCUCUCUUCACACCCUCUUUGUUGUUCAAGGUCUCUCCGUGUCUCUGUCUCUGUCUCUCUCUCUCUCCCUGUUUAUAGAGUCAGUAUCGUUUUCUCACCCAGAGGUCAUGACCUCUAGAAGGACACUUGGUCGGAUCAGAGUCUCUCUUAGGUGUUUCUGAUGAACGGUUUUUAUACACUCUUCAGACUCCCAGCAUCGGUCUCUCUCCGGCAAUAGACUCUGUUUACCAGCUUUGAGACAAUAAAUAUAAUAUCAGCAUUGCUGUUGAUGUGGAGGUCAUGUUUGCUGAUGAUAUUGUCUUUAUGGCGGGAAUUACAAACAGAAACUUGUGCUAACUUAUGCUAAGCUAAACGAGCCAUAGUCAGAUUUCACUCUGCUGUAAGAUGUAUUUUCAUUGGAUUCACAAGUUAAACAGUGAAACAUAUUUCCCCAUAUUUCCCCUCUGUGCUGAACUUUGUUUUAUUCAGUGUGAUAAACCUUUACCUGAACAAUCCUGGUUUCAUCUGGCUAUCAGAUUAUGUUGAUUAUGUGGUUUAAUUGUAUUCUAUUGUUUGACUUUAAAAUGAAAUCUGAUUAAAUGAUUCAAUUGUGUUCUAAAAUCAAUCUUAUUAUCAAAUGUAAACAGGUUAUAAGAUUAAAUCUGACCAUCAGGUUUCAUCUGAUCAUCAGCUAUAGCCUCUAUCAGUGUGAGUCCACAGGUGACAGGUGUGUCAUUGUGUCCACAGGUGUGGGAGGGUCAGAACAUUGUGAAGCUGGCCAGGAUGAUGCUGGGUGAGACCAACCCCGCUGACUCCAAGCCUGGCAGCAUCCGUGGAGACCUGUGCAUCAACAUCGGCAGGUGAGCUCAGGUGUACUCGCACCUUCAGCUUUAUUUACAUGGUUAAAGUCUGAUGACAGUAUAUGAUCACAUCCUAAUGAUCACUCUCUCUCCAUCAGGAACAUCAUCCACGGCAGCGACACCCUGGAGAACGCCAAGAUUGAGGUUGACCUGUGGUUCAAGGCUGAGGAGUUCGUCGCCUACACCCCCUGCGCCCAGCCCUGGCUGUACGAGUAAACCCUCCCACCAUCAACCAGUAAACUCUGCCCACCUGGACCCCAUCAACAAGAUGACCCGUCCCUCCCUCCUUACUAAUGUCCUCCCUGCAGUCAAUCCUCAGACUCAGUCUUCAUUCUUCAGUCUGAAACAUGCAGCACAGAUGAAUAAAGUCUCAUGUUGACGACAAA